AAAAAUGUAAAAUAAUGAAAAUCGGUGUUUUCCCGGGGAGCUCGUCUAUACGUGAGACGAGGGUCUGGUUCUCUUAGUUGCUGCAUCAGGAUUCGAAAAUUGCUUCUCUUUCUCUUUGGUCCUAAUAAAGCACAAGGUCAUUUUUGCGGAAAAUAAAGACCUUGUAUUAUAGAUCUUUGGGUUUUCUUCUUGCCUGUGCAGUGAUCUCUAAGACAGCAGGUCUCUAGAGAGGUUUCUUAGCCAUGAGAAUAUUCAGUGGCUGGCGUCGUUUUCUCUUCUGUCUUCCUCUCAUUUUCUUCCUUCCUCAUUUGUUCUCUGUUAUGGAAUUGCAUCAGAACUCGAAUGUAGAAUAUCCACAGAAGAAACAUAGCAAGAAAUUUGAUCAUCUUGUGCUUGGGCCUGCUGCUGGACAAGGCUUGCCCAACCGUUUGCAAUGUGAAGGUAUCAAAGCUGUCAACAAGUCAAUCUUCUCCCACAUAUCCAGAGGCGGAGAAAAUAUUGCUUUUGUCACUGUUUUUGCCAUUUAUAAUUCUUCCCUGAACAUACAUGUAGAUGAUAAAUCAGACUUGGUUAUUGUUGGGAAUACUUCAUAUAGUAAGGUGGAGAGAUCAAUGGCCAUACUGAAUGUCUUCAUUGACUUCAUUCAGGUGACAAUGCCUCAAAGCAACAUUAUAAUUCUUACGGACCCAGCAUCUGACCUUCAAAUGCAUAGAAAUAGGGUCACCUUCCUUCCAAUUCAAGGUGAAUAUUCACGAGACAGGUUGAUGCUUCAAAGAAUCAGGUCUUACAUUGCUUUUCUAGAAGCAAGGCUUGAGGAGCUUUCUCAUAAGAAGGGGCAUAUCACUCAUUACAUCUUCACCGACUCAGAUGUAGCAAUGGUUAAUGAUCUAGGACAGAUAUUUCGGGAUUAUCCAAAUUUUCAUAUGGCUCUCACCUUCCGGAACAACAAAGCUCAACCUUUGAAUUCAGGAUUUAUAGCAGUGAGGGGUACACCUGAUGGGAUUUUAAGGGCAAAGGUUUUUUUACAAGAAGUAUUGAAAGUUUACAGUUCAAAGUACAUUAGUGCUUCCCGAAUGCUUGGAGAUCAGUUAGCUCUUGCAUGGGUUGUAAAGUCGGACCCUUCCUUUGACACAAGGAAAUUUACCAAACCGCAAGCUUUUCUAGAAGAAAUUGGAGGUGCCUCAGUACUAUUUUUACCUUGUGCUAUAUACAAUUGGACGCCACCCGAAGGUGCAGGUCAAUUUCAUGGCAUGCCCUUAGAUGUUAAGGUUGUCCAUUUCAAGGGAUCAAGGAAACGCCUAAUGCUAGAGUCUUGGAACUUCUUCAAUUCCUCUGGUAACAUGUCAGAUAUGUUAUGCCUCAUCUUAUAUAGUGGGAGAACGAAGUAUGAUUUUUGAGUUACUCCAUACGAUUUUAUUGGUGGAAGAACCGAUUUUACUCAAUUUACGGAAUGAGCUGGUGCCAUCUCUGCCAACUAGCCUUUCCAUCCUUGGUAUUAGAUUCAGUUUUGCAGGCAGCACAUGGAAUUUUAAAGAUAUGAGAACUCAGAAUUAUGGAUACCAAUUUCCUGUAACCAACGUAGGAAACUACAGUUUGACUA